AUGGAGGCGGCGGAGGAACCCCACGCCUCCGACUCGUCCGUCUCCCCUAUCGGCGUCGACGCCCCCGCCUCCAACCCGGUUGUCGCCGCCGGCGCGAGGAAGCGGAAGGCCCCGGCAGCGACUGCGAGGAAGCCUCGGAAGCAGCAGGCUCAAGAACCCAUUCAGAUCCCUGUAUACUACGGACAAAGAGAAGAGUUUUAUUGCGUGAAAGGCGAUGAUUUAGUUGAUUGUUCAUACAUUUCUCCUAGAGCAAAAGAUUGUGCACAUGUAAUCGGCCAACUACCGCCGCAGCCGCAGUCGAUGUCAUUGGUGGAUCUACAGCUCUGGAUCUUUAAGCUGUUCCGGCUCCAUCCAGAAACACAAGAUCUCUCUAUUAAGGGGUUCAUCAAACAACGCAAAACUGACUUGUUGGACGACUUUGAACCUGACUGGUAUAUGGAGUACUGCCCUUGGGACACAUGUUACUUUCAAACUGACAAGUGCUGGAGUGCCUUUGCCAAUAAAUUAAAGCGGAAAAGGAAUGUGAUGCAAAAGUUCAUGCUGUAUGCAGAAUGCUCUGAGAUCAAGCAUUAUGCUAUUUUGCUCAAAGCCGUGCAUGAUGAUUACUCUCAGUUGGCAAGGGUUGUGUUUCCUGGGACAAAAUGCCUAACAACUUCUAACUUCCGCUUCCUCCGCCUAGUGGAAGACCUGUCAAUGACACCUAAGGAAAUUAUAGCUUAUCUCGCUAAACACUAUGGCGAGCAGAUGAGCCCCCCUGAGGCGUGGAGGGCAAGGCAGAAGGCUCUGGAGCGUGAGUAUGGUACAUUUUACGAUUCACACAACUUUGCGCCGAGGUUACUUAAGGAUAUAACAUGUAAAACCCCUUGGGGUUUUGUAGACAUCAAGGAUGCAGAGGUUGCAGGAUGUAACAACUUUCGAGUACUCCACCGUAUAUUUUGGGCUUUUGGGCAGUGUGUGCCGGCUUUCAAUCAUUGUCGCCCUGUGCUAUGCAUUAAAGGCACACCACUAUGCGGGAAAUAUCAAGAGGUGUUGUUGACUGCUGUAGCAUUAGAUGCUAAUGGUUACUCCAUUCCAGUAGCAUGUGCCGUCGUUGAGGGGGAGACCAAGGAAAGCUGGAUGUGGUUUCUUAGGAAUUUGGAGCAAGCAGUGAGGCAUCCAUCGGAUGUUUGCAUUGUACAUGACUACAAAAGAGAGUUGAUCGAUGCUAUAGAGGACUUUCUAAGUUCCGAUCAGCAACAAUGGGGGAAAGUAGAAAGCCGGUGGUGCAUGGAACACCUUGCCGAAGACUUCUUUGCAUAUUUUGGCGACAAGAACCUGGGUUGCUGUUCAAGAAACUUUGUCAGCAGAGGCGACUAAAUAAGUUUGUUAAAAUCUGGAAGGAGCUCGAUGAGUGACAACAAAAUAUACAGCAGAGAGAGAAGGUGGUAC